AUGACAAUGGUGAAGUCUCCUAAGAAACAUGUUAACCUUUUCUUUUCCCUUGACUGUGAACAACUUGCGAACAAAGUUGCUGCUCAUUCAGAGGAUAGCAUCACUCUCCAGAAUGUCAAUUGGAGGUCUUUUGCCGAUGGGUUUCCGAAUAUAUUUAUAAAUAAUGCAGAGGAGCUCCGGGGUCAACAUGUUGCCUUUUUGGCGUCGUUCAGCUCUCCGGCUCAAGUCUUUGAACAGCUGUCUGUCAUAUAUGCACUCCCUCGUCUAUUUGUUGCUUCCUUCACUUUGGUAUUGCCUUUCUUCCCUACUGGAUCAUUUGAGCGUAUGGAAGAAGAAGGUGAUGUAGCAACUGCCUUUACCCUUGCAAGGAUGUUGUCAAAUAUUCCCAUUUCAAGAGGCGGCCCAACUAGUUUAGUCAUAUAUGACAUUCAUGCUUUGCAGGAGAGGUUUUAUUUCGGAGAUGAGGUUUUGCCAUUGUUUGAGACUGGUAUUCCUCUUCUUAAGCAACGUCUGCAACAACUUCCCGAUGCUGAUAAUGUAGUUAUUGCAUUUCCAGAUGACGGUGCAUGGAAGCGAUUCCACAAGCUGUUCGACAAUUAUUCAGUGGUUGUAUGUACAAAGGUACGUGAAGGUGACAAGAGGAUAGUUCGGCUCAAGGAAGGCCAUGUCUCUGGUCAUCAUGUUGUGAUUGUUGAUGAUUUGGUCCAAUCAGGAGGCACCCUAAUUGAAUGUCAGAAAGUUUUGGCUGCCAAUGGUGCAGCAAAAGUGAGCGCCUAUGUCACACACGGUGUGUUCCCUAACCAAUCAUGGUUGCGCUUCACUCAUAAAGAUGAAGCUUCGGAGAAAGCAUUUGCCUACUUUUGGAUCACAGAUUCUUGCCCAGUUACUGUCAAAGCUCUAGCGAAUCAAGCUCCUUUUGAAGUACUGAGUUUAGCAGGGUCAAUUGCUAAUGCCCUUCAAAUUUGA